CACACACACACACACACAGAUAGUCAUUGAAAACACUGAGGGUAAAAUAAUAAAGUCAAAUUAAAUAAAAUUGAUGAAAAAAGUUUAGACGAAGACAGAGAGCGUUAAUCUUACAUUAAGCAGAUGUACAAGUGCACACAUACACACAUGAACAGCAAUUAAUAAGGCGCAGCGUCGUGUGCUGCUUUGGCCACUGAUGAUAAUGAUUCAUUGCUUUUUAAACAAACCCUUGUUGCAAUAAAUUUCCGAGGUUCAAUAAAAGGCAACGGCACAUAGCAGCCGUUUAAAGAGCACCGGCCGCUGGAGGAGCGGGCGCGUGAGCCAUAAAGCUAACGGUGCGCGCCAAGUAAAACGCAAUAAUAAAUUGUACAUAAAAUGCCGGUGACAGUUGCGCGUCAAAAGGUGAGCGGCAAAGCGCGCAUGAACAAUGCACAAAGCAGAUCACACAAAGCAGACGACAGCGACGCGAAACGACGUGGUAAAGAACGUGUCACGAAUAAAAGGAAGUGAUGUGCCGCUAGCGCCUUGGAGUGCAUUGUACGCUGACAGUUUUAUACUAGUCGAAUUGACAGUGGAAAUUUUCGCCAUAUACGGCAGCCAAACAAAGAAACAAAGCACCUAGAGGCGGCCAAACAAAGAAAGAUUUUCUCUUUUUUCUUUCCGCGUGUGUGUGUGUACGCAUUGGUGCGUAUGAAGACACAUUUGCAGUCGCAUGUGUGCCCGAAAUCCCGCUGGGCACCCGAUAAACCGCUUAACCGCCACUGAUGCGGUUUAUUGCACCCACUCGCAGUCAGCUGUGCGGGGAUGCAGCGAGCGCAGUCAGCAGCCAUUCGCAUUCGCCAACUGUGCUGCGCUGAACAGCCCAGCUCAGUAUUGAACAGUAAGCGUUGCCAUAACAACUUCGCGUAAAUAUUCAAAUACCGUGAAUUGAAUUAAAAUGAUUCGAUUGAAAAUAUUAAUGUAACUCCCGUUAUAUUCGUUUAAAAAAUAUCAGUGAACAGCGCGAAGCUGAGUCGAGUUUUAACUGCAACAGAUUUUCGCGGUUAUUUUGCGUAUUUAUUUCAAAAAACCAAUAAAAAACAGUAGCAAAUCUACAUGAAAAUGUGGAAACGUGUAAAAUAAAAUAAUAAAUAAAAUAACAUGUGACAUAAGUGUUUGUGAUAAGUUGAUGUGUUUCGUUGAUGCGAUCAAUUAAGCGUAUUUUUAUUAAAAAUUAUUGAAGAAUAGCAAAAAAAAAAAAAAUAAAAAAAGAAUUACUGCAAUGAGCAAAAAAUGUUGAGCGACAAUAUUAAGCCAAUUAGUGAUAUAACGUGAAGUGUAAAAAGCAAAGAGUAAACAGCGAAUUGCUGUGCAUUUUUUAUAAAUUCGUGUCAAAAAAUAUUCCACCUUGUCCGUGACAACAACAGCCCGUCACAUUUCAAGGCUUUAAGCACAAAAAAUAUUCGCCAAAGCACAUUAUUGCAUUUUUGCACACUUGCCUCUAUGUGUCUAGGUAUAUUUGCGAAAUAAAUGUCAUAAUAAACGAAAUAAAGAGCCAAACGUCAAAAUAAAAGCUUUGGAUUAUAACGACGCGCACACACACCAGCGCAUACCUAUGUGCACGUACAGUACAGCGCACACAUAAGUGAGGGGUGACGACGCCGCAGCAUCACGUUCGCAUCCUGAAAGGAUUACGCACAUAAUUUAUUUACAUUUGUACAAGUGAAUAUAACAUAUUGUGCCGCAACGCGAAUUCAUAUUUCAAACAACAACAACAAAGGCAGCACUUGCACACAUAAAUGUGAAUUGCAUGCACCAAUAACAACACAGUUAACAUUACUAAAAACUUAACUUACCAACCCCACACACACGCAUACAAACACACAAAAUGGAGGAUAAUAACGUUAUCGAGGAGCAGGAUGAGACCACCACCUCGACUUCGAAGUGGCGAAAAACGCGCACCACAGUCAAGACCUCAUCGACAACCAAGACUACCACUCUCACUACGCCUGCCAAAUUGUAUGGCAAGGAUUUGAGCGAGUAUGAUGAGGUGGAUGUUGAUGCUCUGCUGGCACAAUUGUCACCGGAAGAAAUCAAUAUUUUGGCCAAAGAAGUCGAUCCCGAUGACAAUUUCCUGCCACCCGAUCAACGUUGCAGUUAUGAAUGCGCCAAAGAUCCCACUGGUCCGUUGAAUCGCAAAAAGCUUAUCGAGCAUAUUAAUAAGCAGGCCUUAGAAACACCCGAUGAGCCCGAAUUUGAGCCGUACGUUAAGGGUACAGUACGUGGCAAAAAAUGGGUAGCACCACCAAGAGAUGACCGUGAAGUAGCCGCUGAGGAACAGAUCGCCAUCGAUUUGGGUGAGGAGUAUGAGCAUGCGCUGAGUGAUGCUACACAAGAAGAGAUUAUCGAUCUGGCUGCUAUUCUUGGCUUCCACUCGAUGAUGAAUCAGGACCAAUAUCAUGCUUCUUUGUUGAACAAAGGUCAACCAGUUGGCAUGGGUUGGGAUGGUAUUACAAAAUCAACUCAACCAAAAUUAUUCCCCAUGGAUCCACCAAAUAACACAGAUGUCGAAGAAUCAAUUAAACGCGUAAAAGAUAACGAUUCAAAAUUGAUUGAACUGAACUUAAAUAACAUUAAGAACAUAUCCGAUGAGAAAUUCGAACAACUUUUCCAAGUACUGCCUGAAAAUGAAAAUUUGGAAGUUCUUUCCUUAACAAAUGUCGGUCUUACUGACAAGACAGCUCUCUUAUUGGCUGAAGCAAUUGAGAAAAGCAAAACCCUGAGAGUAUUAAAUGUUGAGACAAAUUUCAUUAGUCCGCCUGUUAUAGUGACCUUAGUGAAAGCCCUGCUCAAGUGCCGCACAAUUGAAGAGUUCAGGGCCUCCAAUCAACGAUCCUCAGUGCUCGGUAAUAAGAUCGAAAUGGAAAUAACCGAAUUGGUGGAAAAGAAUCCAUCUUUGCUCAGAUUGGGUCUGCAUUUGGAGUUCAACGACGCACGCCACAGAGUUGCCGCACAUUUGCAGCGCAACAUCGACAGAAUUGUACGCGUGCAAAAAUUGAAACCGAACUUGCCGAAAUUGAUUGUGCCGGCUAAUAUGGAGCUGCCGCCAGCAUCAACGCCAUCGCCAUCUUCCUCACCGUCGCCAUCGCCGCAGCCACGCAUUGAAUUCAACCUGGAGGAGGACGCCGACCAUGUGGCGGGUGGCGAUGACUUUGACCCUGAAAUUGAUCCGGACAAUAUGGUGGUGCCGGGUAGCCGUGCCGUGACACCCAACUCCGAAUUGCAAUCACCAUCACCGGCGUUCAAUCAAAGUGCCAACAGUUACAAUGCACUCAUUAAGAAAAGAUCUUGAGUUACGUCUGCAGUUCAGAUUUUUCAAUAAUCUGCACAGAAAGUCAACAAGAAUUCAAUAAAAUACUGAAUGAUCUUAAUAAAGAUAUAUUUAUAUAUAUAAUGAUUGAAGUAAAAGAAUAUAAACACAAAAAAAAAAAAAACUAUUUACUAAAUAUAUAACGCACUCGUAAGUUAAGACAAUUAAGUACAGCGUUUGAUGCAAGCAAAUGAUAGCGAAAAGAAGACGUGCAAACGCCGCCAGGAUAACCAGCCUCUUUAUAUAUAUAUAUACUUAGAAAGAGUAAGAGAAAAGCUAAUUCGUCAUUAAAAGCUGCUGCCGACAAUACCAGACUGUAACUGCACGGCUAGCGAGUUAACUUCUGCACAUAAACGCUUAAUUUAGACUUUAGCGCACUUUUGCACAAACAAAAAGGCGCGAAUUUAACAAAGGAUAUGGCGAAAAACUCAUCAAGUCGAAUAUAAAUUAAAAAUUAAACUAACCUCGUUGAAAAUAAAAAAAGAAUGGACAACAAAAAUUCUGAGAAAUGAAAAAAAAACAAAAUCAAAAACUAUAGUGCACAGUGUCUGUAAAACAACGUAAAACAGAACACCCAGAGGCACAUAAACACUAAAUAUAAAAAACAAUUAUAAAUGAAAACAAAAGAGGAAUAUAUUUUAACAAACAAGAAAAACGCUUAGGUUUACGUAAAAUCAUAUUCAUAUUUGCAUAAUUAUAUUUCAUACACACCCCACAUAAAAUAUAUGCGAAGUGUAUGGAGCAUGAAAGAAGCCGAUGGACUAAAAGAAGACGAAAGCUGAUACUGAUAAUGAUUUAUAAAACAAAAACGAAGUUUCGAGAAAUUCAAAAUGAUUUCUAGGAGUAAAUAUUUAUAUAAUAAACAAGGAAUUAAACUGCGAUUUAAAUUAUUAAGUGAAAUAUUAACUCUCCCAACCUAUAAACAAAAACUCACAACGUACUCGGCUGAAGCCCAAAGGAUUAAUAGCAGACCUCAAACAUUUAACACGAAUACCACAACAACAAAACAACCAAAAACCGAACAAACCAUAAAAUGUGUGAAAGCAUAAAUCUUUAUAAUUUUACUUACAAAAUAGUAAAAUCAUAUAUUUACUCAUAAUUAAGAAUAAUAUCGAUAACUACAAAAAUUAUAAACAAAAAUGCCGAAGAAAUAUAAUGCAGCAGCUGUUGCACAAUACACAAAUCCACCGAAAAACCUGUAUAUCUAAGUACAUAUGUAUGUACAGCAUAUACACUAUGACUGUCGUUUGGCGUGGAUGUCGGGCGCAAAAAAAUACGUGUAAAUCGCCUCAACCAGCGUAAAUAAACUGUGUGAACCAACCAACCAACCAACUAGCCACUUUGUUGUUCACCUUAAUUUGCAAAGCCAACCGUAAACAAACAGAAAAACCUCUACAAUAUACAUAAUUCGCUAUUACUUACUUACAAACAUAUGUGUGUGUUGAAACAAAAAAAAAGUAGAAAAAACAAAUAACAACUGGAACUUUUAAAACUGUUUUUUAUUAUUGAAUGAAUGUUUGUAAAUCAUGUUAAAAGCAAUGAAAACAAAAACCGAAAACCACCAAAAUAAAAAAUAUUUGUUCGACUAAUCACUCGCUUCAUCUACUACUGUUACUACCUACAACUACCUACAACUACUAUUCAACUGCCACCACCACCAGCAUGACCUCAGCAGCCACAAUAUAAGUUUCAAGAAAACUAAAGGGUGUAAUCAAGCAAGAAAAGUCCCAAUGAAUUAAAUUGUGCAAAAAAGUGGCCGCCUAAGACGUCUGGGUCACUUUAGCUGCAACUACACUGUGGGCGCUUGGCAGUAGAAGGCAUGCAGCGCACAACCGCACCAGAUCAAAGUGGAAUCGGAUUUAUACACACAAACCUACGACUUCAAAAAGCAAAUAAUUUACAUGAAUUAUAAUCCUACAUAGCCCACAAGUUACAUAUGCAGCAUUUAUAAUUCAAACACACGUGAAUUAAAGUUUGUAAACCAACAUCUGGCACCAAUGCAUGGGCAGUAACACAAGUGUAGAGCUGCGUAUACCGCACACUAAGCAAAAUGCACACACAAUUUAUUAUACUUAAUGAAAAUGCUUAAAAAAAAUGCGUACAGGUAUUAUGUAACAGGCGAUUUGGAAUAACAUAUAAAUGUUUGUUUGUUUUCUCAGCUUACCUACACACAUAUUUGCAUAUAUAGAUACAUAUAUACAUAUGUAUGUGCAAUUGAAAUGCUAUUUUAUAUUUAAAUGCUAUCGAAUUAUGUUUUAAAAGCGCGCAUAUGCGCAGAAUUAGUUUUAUUUAUGUUAUUAGUUUAUUGUUGAGGUUAUUUCAUUUGUAUCGCACACAAAAUGGUGUCUAAUUGUAAUUAUGUUUAUAAAUUGUAUGCGCUCUGUUGCGUUUUUGUUCCUUUGAACGCUAAAUAUUUGUAAAAAAUCAUGUAAUUUCCAUAGUGAAACUUUUGCAACACACUCACACACACAUAUACCUAUAUAAUUGCAUAUUUAACAGAAGCUGCCAGUUAAUAUACUAAAUGCAUGGUUAGUUUAUAAAAAUAUAUACACUUACAUAUAUAUUGUACAGUCAAGAGCUAAUGCGAUAGAUGCGUUCUUAUGCCACUCAAAAGUGGAAAAUAUCCAGAAGCUUAACUCGACCUACCAUCUCUACAAUCAAUCACUUACAUACGACCAAUAAGCUGUUGACUACCCCUUAUCAAUGCAAUUUCGAGUAUGUACAUUUAGUUUGUUUACUUUUAUUUCCGAGGUGAUGUCUCAAGCGAAUAAAUCAUGAAAAUUAAAAACUUGAAAGACAGCUAUAAUAAUUAUAUAAAAACUUCAAAAAAUGCACAUUUUAGUGAGCUUACAGUGAUAAGUGGCUGUCAAUCCACCAAAAUGGCAACUCAUGUCGCCCAACAAAGUCCACUCGAGUCUAUUUCAAAAAAAAAAAACAUGCGCCAUGAUUUGCAUUUUCGCGCGGUUUUCCUCGGGAAUGUUGGGGUGUUUGAAGCACUCGAAAGUCAAAGUUUAUUGCGUAUAUGUCUAAUUUUUUUCACAACCCCGCUACCUUUGCAGUAUAGAGAAAUUCUUUAAUAUUAAUUAAACUUCUGCAUUAAGAGAAAAAGGGAAGGCGAAAAGAACGUUUGUAUGAAUUAAUGAGCUUUUAUAGCCGCCCUUAAAAUUCAACUAAUUUAAAAUCAACAAAUAACAAUCAAAUUUGCUUCGGUUCAAGCAAAAACGGUUGGCGAAUGGCGUAACGGUAAAUUCAUUGAAUUCUCAACUUCACAUAAGAAUACUAAAUUUCAUUUGUAAGAAAAAGAAAACUCGUUAGUGUGUUACACGUAUUUUACUGCAUCCGAAGACUUACCACAGACAUUUGUUCACCACCCAAAUACACAAACAACAACUGCACACGCAUCAGAUGCACAUAUACAUAUAAAUAUAUACGUACAUAAAGUUAAAAGUGCAAGCACUGGCAAUUAUUCUCUUCAUUCAUAGCACUUACCAGUUGUAAUUGCUUAUCAAAGAAAGUAGCUUUUGUAUGGCGAGCGUUAAGAAAUUGAAAAUGAAAAAUAAAAAAAGUAUCAUGCUAUUUUAUAAUCUUAAUUAAACAGUUUUAACAAUCGAGCUAUUUAUAUUGCAACUGAUUGAAUUAUGAUUGAAUAUAUGAUUUUACUAUUUAAUGCAAAUUUGUAAAGUGUAAUAAUAAAAAGUUUAUAUAAACAUACAUAUAUAUAUUUAAUGAUGAAAGCUUAUAAUUAAUGAAAAUUGUAAAAUAAAAAUGAAAUAAAAAAUUUAAAAACGCUUAAAAAU